GUAGGACUCAGGCGGAACCUGGAACCUCCACACAGCCUGGGGAGACACACAGGCCAGCACUCCAUCAUGCAGCACGUGGCCCUGAGCCUGCUCAUCUUCCUGGCAGGCCUGCCUGCCCUGGAGGCCAACGACCCAGAAGACAAAGACAGUCCUUUUUACUAUGACUGGCACAGCCUCCGGGUCGGCGGGCUCAUCUGUGCGGGGGUUCUAUGCGCCAUCGGCAUCAUCGUCCUCAUGAGUGGGAAAUGCAAAUGCAAGUUCAACCAGAAGCCCAGCCACCGACCAGGGGACACCUCUCUUGUCACUCCAGGCUCUGCCCACAGCUGUUGAGGACGGCUCCGCAAAAGAGCGCAGAGGGCCUCUCUCUCCCUACAUCCUGAUUCUGCACAGGAACCCCACUCCAGGAUGGAAUUCUCCCUCCUCUCCUCAGAAUGCCUUGCCGGGCCUCAUUUCAUUUCUCACUGGAGGGGUCUCUUUGUUCAAUUUUUUAAUCUAAAAUGAUCUUCCUCCUGCUCAAGCAGUCUU